AUAUAUAUUUAUUUAAAUAUAUGACACUGCUAAACUUUGACUUUUUAGGACCCUGAAUAACUUCCUGUGUUUUGGCAGUUUGGACAAGAGGUGGAAAUAAAUCUUUCUUUCAUGCAAGGACUUAAAAAUGCAUGUACCAUUCAUGUAAUUUUAAGCCUCCAGAUUCACAAAUGACAGACAGUCCUCAUCCCCAGAUUUAAAGUGGGUUUCUUUGCUUCUCUGAUCCAGAGUCUUCUGUAAAAGUAAGUAAUUGCUGAAGCUCUGGAGUAGAUAACAUAUCUAAGAGGAACUUCAGCUGUACCAUUUGAAUAUACAUAGUAGAAAAUAAAUGAAAAUAGCUAAGAGGCUGUCUCAGUAUUUGAGCCCUAAUGUUAGCUAGAAAGAUCAUUCUGUGUUGGUUGCCUAGUCUCCUGAUUCAGUCUAUGUUAUUUUUGACAGAAGACACCUUCAAAAACUACAGAAUCCAUAAAGUGCUACUUCUGUGUUUCAAUGUUGCUUAAAUUAACUGAAAGCAUACAUUCAGUAGCCAUAUACAGGAUUAACCACUGCUUCUUGACACAAGUUCCCAUCUAACUGGCUCUUUUUGAGUGCUCAGGUGGCCACUGGUUCUCUAGAAUUAAGGAGCUUGUGGAACAAGUGAAAGUAAUGCCAGAGACAAAUCGCUUUCACUGAGUCUGUAUGAUCGUUUUCUGAAGAGUAGGUGGCAUAAAGUAGUAAGAACAUAUUCAAGGAAGAAAGAUUUGCCAUAAAAAAACACACAAGCACUUAUAUAGCUUUGGCUAAUAUCCUAAUGUAAAGCUAUUUAAAAGGGUUGGUUUUUUUUCUGAGUGGCAUGAAAAAUGAAGAGUAAUAUGGCUAAAUGUAUCUCAAGAUAAUCGGAACCCUUAUGGAAGUUAUGUGGAAGGUGAAUGUUUCUAUUUAAAUCAAGUCAUCCUGCUGUCAUUAGAAAUUGCAGAGGUUCAGCCUUGUGGAAGGGUUUAAAGGCAACACUUCAACAAUAAUCGGAUUAGAAGGACUUGCAUAGCUACAUGGUCUAAAAAAGAGAUAAAAGAAACCAGAUUUCAAACUUGCCGCAAAGUAAGGCAGUGAACUGUGUGGUGCAGAAUCAACACACUGGUCUGAGACUUUGAUUUGACAAUUACCUGAAGCAGGGAUGCCUGCAGAUUUCAAUGGCUACUGGAAAAUGGUCAGCAAUGACAAUUUUGAGGAGUAUCUGAAAGCACUGGAUGUAAAUGUUGCUGUAAGAAAAAUAGCAAACUUGCUAAAACCUGACAAAGAAAUCCUUCAGAAUGGGGAUCAUAUGAUCAUUAAAACUCUAAGCACUUUUAGAAACUACAUCAUGGAAUUUGAUGUAGGAAAGGAGUUUGAGGAGGAUUUAGCUGGGGUGGAUGAUCGCAAAUGCAUGACGACUGUAUCUUGGGAUGGAGAUAAGCUUCUUUGUGUACAGAAUGGAGAAAAAGAAGGUCGUGGUUGGACCCAGUGGAUUGAAGGAGAUGAAAUGCACCUGGAAAUAAGAGUGUGUGGAGUCAAGUGUAAGCAGGUUUUUAAGAAGGUACAGUGAGCCUACUACUGAUACAGAAGUGAAGAACAGUAGAAUUUGCAGACUUGCCACCAAAUCUCCAAAUGCUAGUAAUGAACAUCAUCAGUGAUGAGAGCAAAUACAGAAACGAAGAUCACAUUAGAACUGUAUAGUUAGAAUAAAUUAUUUUUAACAGAUCAUUUUAAAGAAAUAACCGCAAAUAAAACUAUUUUUAGAACUGCCAAUUAAAGAUACUGAUUACUAUAAA